GGGACCCGCUGCCGAAGACCCUAGGCCCCCUGAAUCCUUGGGCAGCCUGGGGCCCGGGCCUUGUGCCCACAGCCCAAUUCUGACACAGGUCAGGGUAAAGCUGCCCAGCACCCACCUGGCAAAGUCAAGCAGAGCCAGGACGGGAUUUUAUCUGUCCUGGGGCUGAACCAAGCAGGGACGGGUCCAUUGUCCCCAAGCUGGCUCCAACCCCACAGCAAAGAGGGGAAAGCGCUGCUCCCAGGAAAGACCUGGCAGCCAGACGCCUCCUCUCAGCUCAAGUGCUGAACUCUCGCCGAGCUCCCGGCCCUGGCUGAAGGGAUUUGGCCCGACCUCAAGCUGUCACCAGGAUGGAGAGGCGGACGCGGCCAAGCGGGAGAGCCGGUGCCCCAGGGACAGACAGACGCACGCCGUGAUUAGUUAGAUGGAUGCACAUGGGCCCAGCCAGAGCGCUCUGCUGAGAGAUGGAUGAGCACUGAGGGGACAGAUACCCAGACAGUGAGAUUAGCUGGAUGGAUGGGUGUGGGGGGAACGGACAGACUCUGACAGAGAGAUUUUGCUGCCCGGAGCCCUUGGGAGCUGGUGGAUGAGGGAUUUGUUACAUUUAAUUCCCUUCUUCUUCGCCAAACACACAUUAACCCUCUCAUAAAUAUUAACACCCCCUCAGACACCUGGCUCCAGCCCCCACCCCAACUCCUCCAUUCAUCCUACUCACCGCAGCCUGUUCUGGCAGCAGCCCCCAAUGGGAGAGGAGGUCUCUGUGCCAGCCCCUGCCGUGCUCCCCCCAGCCUAUCCCACCUCCCACCUCCCAGUGCGUGGGCUGGGCGCGGCUUGCCAGGCCAGUCUCUUGCUGCGCUCGGAGAGGCACAUUGGCAGCAGGCACCCGUCGUGCCCCAGCCCCAAAGAGAGCUCCCCACCGAUUCCCCGCCAUGCAGCGAGCCACCAUGCUCCUGCUCUGCCUGGCUCUCCUGGCCCACCAGGAGGCAGAUGGGGAUGCCCAGCUACCCCAGGACUUACCCCUGAAACACUUGUACCAGCCGCAUGAGAAACAACUGCUGGUGGAGCUGCAGAAUGUGCUGGAGAAACUGCAGAGCAAGAGGAUUUCCACCUGGGAGAAGAAAUAUAACCAAGUCCCCAAGUGCUUCAUCGGCCAGGCCUGCGCAGUGAAGAAGGGCGCCCGCAUCGGCAGGCUGUGUGACUGCCCCCAUGGAGCCACCUGCAACUCCUUCCUCCUCAGGUGCUUGUAGCCACUGCAUGCGAGGGACCCCCAGCCACAGAUCAUCCUCCCAUGCUGCUAUGUGUUGUGAUUCCCCGGGCAGGAAGCCAGGGCAGGCUGGCAGUGGCCACUCUGCUCAGCAGAGCCCAGAAGAAGGGGGUGGCAAUGCUGGCUACUCCAGGAGGCUGCCGCAGGGCUAGGGUCUCCUGCUCCUCUGACCACCCACUUCCCAGGGGCGCUGCUCAGUCAAAAUGGUGAAACCAAGGCCACAGGCUUUGUCUCGCUUUCACUUGCUGCCUGCAGCCCACCACCACACCUCGGCGCCCCACCCGGCUCCCCUGCCACUUGCCCUGUUAGCCAGACGCCUCCACCUUACAGCCAAACCAAACCACUGCUUUGGAAGUUUUUUUUAAUGACAUUCCUGGUUCUGUUCGGUUUUGUAAAAGCCUUCUAAAAAAAUAAACCCUGACUGUUUGAGCUGAGCCAAGCGCAGCCACCUGCAGCCUCUUGCGACCUCAGCAUGACUACAUUUGAGGGACAGCAGAGGGGUGGACACGAGCCAGCCUGCUGCCUGUUCUUGGGGACCGCCAGGCCUGGGUGAGGGUCUUCCCCAGAGAUCCCUGGCAGCACUGGGUCCCAGGGCACCAGCUCUAGAGCCUGGCACCAAGGGUCAGUCACCUCAGCCCCACGGAGCAACUGAGCCCAGAGCUUGGCCCCGGGGCAGCACUAAGGGACCGGAACGGGAGGACUGCAGUACCAGGGCAGGGGAGGGAGCCGUGAGCUCUAACUCUCCCCUUACGGGAAGCAGCAGGAGCUCUGCAGGGCUGGGGCAGUCACACAGCAAGUGACGCCAGCUGCACCGGGGGGCGGUUGUGGGGUGCUCUGCUGGGGGAGGUAGGAGGGUGCUGUGCAGCAGUGCACUGGGCUGCUCUGCAGCGAGAGGGGAGCAGCUGGGUGCGUGGGAGGAGAUGCCCACCCAGAGCAGUGACACUGAACAUCCCUCAGCACAGGGGCAGCCGCGGGAGACCAGCCUGCUCCCAGCUCCCAAUUAGCUGUGCAGCUGCCUGCUCCAGCAACGCCCACAUGCUCCCCCUACUGCCACCGGUCGGGGCACCCAAGGGAGGGUUUGGCCCCUUGCCCCUUCCAUGCACUGCCGGUAACACCCAGAGACAGGCCAGCUCAUGGGAGGGGAUGUUCAAAUGGCUCCAGACUCCAGCCCUGUCUGCUCCGGCUGGGGCAGGGACAAGCAGGGCACUGGCAAGUUCCUAAACAUCCACCUGCAGAGCUGCCCCCACCCUCCUGUUAGCCCAGACAACGCAGAGAACACAGCUGGAGCUUUCACCCCCCUUGCCGUGUCCGAGAUGCAGCCGGGAGCAGGUGACACUCAGCACAUUAAUCACUGUUACUCUGGUCUAGGGAGUUUAGGAGCUGGCCCCAGCCUGCGCUGGAGGGAACCCACCUGCAGGGGCCCUGGUUCCCUGCUCUUUGAAGGGAGGUAAUUAGUGACAGCUGUGACAUGGGCUCCCUGGCAGGCUCAGAUCACUGCCCACAGGGGACAUCCAGCAGGAUGGGACAGGAACACGGACCACUGAGCUCAGACUGAUGCCAGAAGACAAUGCCCAUUACCAGCACCAGAGACACCUCCUCCAUCCCCUCAGCCUGCCAAUCAUGGGCCCUGGGCUACAGCAGCAGGGUGCAGUGUGACAAGACCGUGGUUCCCAGGAGGCUGGGCUGGCGGGGUUGGAGGUCAGCGCUGGGAUGUACCCCUGGAUCAGAGCCCUAUGCCCAUAGGACACGGCCAGGCCCCCAGGUGGGAGAGACGCUGGCUUGGCUGUGACUUGCUGCCCUAGAACUGGGGUGACGGGGACAGGAGAGAAGCUGCUAGCCGGGGUGUUCCUAGGGGGAAGGGCACACUGGUGCUAGGAGGCCUGGCUGAGCUCCCUCCAUGCCUGCAGGAAGUGCUGUGCUGGCAGGGGCAAUAGCAUCAGCCCAACACGGCUCCCGGGAGGGGCAGUGCCAGGCCAGGACAGAGGCCAGCCCAGCAGUUUC